AUGGCAUCGAUGGCGGCAGCUCGGCACGUGGUCGCGCUGCCGUACCCGGGGCGCGGCCACAUCAACCCCAUGCUCGUCGUGUGCCGCCAGCUCGUGGCUGCGGACGGCGCCCUCACCGUCACCGUCGUCGUCACGGAGGAGUGGCACGGGCUUCUGGCGUCCGCCGGGGUGCCCCCCACGCUGCCGAGCAGCAUCCGCCUCGCCACCAUCCCCAACGUCAUCCCCUCCGAGCACGGCCGUGGUGCCGACCACGCCGGCUUCAUCGAGGCCGUGUGUUUCAGGAUGGGGGAAACCGUCGAGCAGCUCCUCGAUCGGCUGGAGCGGAGGCCGUUGGCUGUGGUGGCCGAUACCUACCUGCCGUGGGCGCUAACGGCCUGCGGGCGGCGCGGGAUACCGGUGUGCUCGCUUUGGACUCAGCCGGCCACGUUCUUCUUGGCGCUCUACAAUUUGGACCUGUGGCCGCCGGUGGACGGCCGGCACUCCGACGAAGAACUAAGCAUCAGGUCUCUGGAGGAGUAUGUCCCGGUCGCGUGUCUCUCGUCGGUAAGACUGUCUGAUCUCAAGAUCUUCCGCGCGUGGGAGCGCCCAAUGAAAAUAGCAGCGGAGCUGUUCGGCAACGUGCGCAAAGCGCAGUGUGUCCUCUUCACCUCCUUCCUCGAGCUUGAACCCUGCGCCAUCAACGCAGCAGCAGAGUCGCUCCCAUGCCCCGUGUAUCCAAUCGGCCCUUCGGUCCCGUCCAUGCCGCUCAACGGCGACAACAAGAUCCACGACGAGGAGCAGCGUAAGUGGCUGGACGCGCAGCCGGAGAACUCGGUGGUGUACGUCUCGUUUGGCAGCUUCGUCGCCAUGCCGCCCUCGCAGUUCGAGGAGAUCGCCAUGGGGCUGCGCGACAGCGGCGUCAGGUUCUUCUGGGUCGCCCGGGACAGGGCCGCCGUUCUGCGGCAGACGUGCGGCGACAAGGGGUUGGCGGUGCCAUGGUGCGAGCAGCAGAAGGUGCUGUGCCACCCCUCCGUCGGCGGCUUCCUCAGCCACUGCGGGUGGAACUCGGUGCUGGAGGCCGUCUGCGCCGGGGUGCCAUUGCUCGGCUUCCCUGUUUCGUGGGAUCAGCUGGUGAAUGCGCGGAUGGUCGCCGACGACUGGAAGGUCGGCAUCGACCUGAGGGAGCAGAGAGGCGAGGAUGGUACCGUGGGCAGGGCCGCCAUCUCUGCUGCCGUGAGGAAGCUCAUGGAUUUCGACAGUGGCGUUGGGCAGGAGAUGAGGAGAAGAGCUGCACAACUGCGCCAGGUUUCUCGGAGCACGGUCCAGGAAGGCGGCUCGUCGCAUCGUUCUUUGAACGGUUUCUUGCAGGAUCUCGUGGAGUGGAAAGUGGAUGCAACGGAAACUUGCUGAUUUUUUUUCUUCAUUUAGUCAGUGAGUGAUAGAAAAGAACAAGUUGUUUACGGAUCCAAA